AAAAAAAAGGGGGAAGAGGUGGACGGAAUAAAAUGGAAAGGAAAUCUAAUUCCCUUUUAUUUUUCUCCCUUCUCUUUUCGGACUUCCUUCUUCUCUUUUUGGUUUUUCCUCUCCUCUUCCAUUCUAAAUCCAAAACCCGUGAAGCCUUCAACCUCCUAUUCCCUCUACAACCCUCGAAUCAAAAAUUUCUGCUGGCUAUUCCUUCUUUCUUGUCGGUGAUGGAUUACUUGAUGGGUGUUCUUCCUACAACUUUUCUGGUAAGAAAUUAGCCAUGUUUCUCAUCUUUUGAUCUUAGAUUUGAAGUGGGUUAGUUCUAAUCAUUUAGGGUUUUCAAUUUUGGGAGUGUUUCUGUAGUUUUUCGCUUGAUUUUGCUCAUAAUCUAGCAUCAUUAGAUCUGAACCCUUUUUUUGCUACAAGUUCGGACUGCAAGAACCUCCUGUAGUAAUUUGCCCAUAACUUCUUCUAUAGUUAUUGGAUUAAGUCCAUUUUAACUCUAUAGAAAGGUAAGAGAUAGCCCUACAACUUUUAUGUUGGACGUUUAACCCAAUUGAGUUGUUUUCAUGGUGAAAAUGCUGCUGCAAUUUCGGUCCUUGCAAGCGGACUGCACUGCAGCCCGACCUUCUGUUAGUAUUUUGAUUAUCACUCUCUCUAUAGAUAUCGGAUUAAGGUAAUUCUUGAGGCUAUAGAACGCUAAGACAUAGGGCUACAAUUUAUUUUUUGACCACUCAACCCAGAUCAGUCAAUUUCUGGGUGUGAAUUCUGUUGAAAAUUUCAGCAUGAAAUUUGACCAAAACUUGCCAGAAAUUUACUGUGUUUUCUGUUUCAUUUCCACUCUAUCUACUGUCAUAUUGCAUCAUGAUUUUCUAGAUGUUUAGCUGCAAUUUUGAUGCUCUAAAACCCUUUGUUAUUGCUUUACCUUGGCUGCCCUUUUUGCUACUUAAAUGCUGUCAAUUUUUGCCUAGUUCUAAAUUGUGUUCUACCCUGUUUUGUUGCUG